AUGAGAAUAAAGGGGCAGACACUGACAAUAGAAGGACAUAAUAAAGAAGAAGAUGUUAUGGGAAAGGUAACAUGGUUCCCGGUGCAGAAGUUAAUUAAUGGGUGGAAGGAUAGCGAAUUAGAUAAAUUAAUUUAUAGGCCUGAAAGGAGAGAUUCAUAUACUAAUCAGAGAUUGGGGACAUAUAGGGGACCUAGAGAAAAUUCUCAAGGAAGGAAAGGAAAAAUGAGACCCAACUUUGAUUCUAGAGUAAGGGGGAGAAUGAAUUGUUAUAAUUGCGGAAGACAGGGACAUAUGGUCAGGGAUUGUCGGGAAGCAAAGUGUUUCGAAUGCGGAAAAUUUGGACAUAUAUCCCCUUAUUGUCCGGGUAAACAAGAGAAAUUACGAUGUGCCAGCUGUGGAAGAUUUGGUCAUAAUAAGAAGAAUGUAAUACGGGGAAUUAUAACAUCAGAGGGGGAUUUCCACAACGAGGAACGGGACAAAGUACUUCAACUGUGCGAUCUAUUGAAAGAGCCAAAGUGGAGGGGAUGA